UCUAUAAGAACUUAUUGGAGAAAUUAUUUUGAAAAAAUUGACGGCGUAAUAUGGGUUGUAGAUAGCGCUGAUAGGAUGCGAUUAGAUGAUUGUAAGAAGGAAUUGCAAGCGUUAUUAUUAGAAGAGAACUACGAUAAGAGAGCAUGCCUAUCCAAAGUCUUCCUUCCAACUAUAAACGACCCCGCUUCGAAAACUGUAAAAGACAAGAAAGAAGCAUCGACGAUAGAAAAUGAUGGCGCUGUCAAGGGAGAAAGUCAUCAAUUAAUGAUUCGUGCCGGUCUCAUAAGGCAGUCAUCAUCGGGCGUGUAUUCGCUGUUACCAUUUGCAUUACGUUCUAUAGAAAAAAUUGAAAAAAUUAUAGAUCAGGAAAUGAGAAACGUUGAAAUUAUCACUCCCUAUUUUAUUAAGCGCCAAUUUGUGGAAGCGGACAGGACGAUGGAAUGCUACUGGGAGCGAGGUUUGUUCAAGGAAUUGAAAUUAAAUUCUAAUUUUGAUCCUGUUGAAGAUGAUCGUAAGACUUCUGACUUCUGUCUAGCACCAACGCAUGAAGAAGAAAUCACACAACUGGUUGCGAAUGACAUUUUUUCUUAUAGGCAACUUCCGUUACGAUUAUAUCAAAUAGGUAGAAAAUUUCGUGAUGAGAUGCGACCACGAGCGGGAUUACUUCGUGGAAGAGAAUUUAUUAUGAAAGAUUUAUAUACAUUUGAUGCUACUGAAGAAGCAGCCUUAAAAACUUAUGAAGAAAUUAAUGAAGCAUACAAAAAGAUAUUUACUCGGAUUGGGCUACCAUUCGCUGUCGCUGAAGCUGACACAGGCAAUAUCGGUGGAACAAAAUCUCAUGAAUUUCAUAUUUUGUCACCUGUUGGUGAAGAUCUAAUUUUGUCAUGCUUGCGAUGCGGAUAUACUUCUAAUGAAGAAUGUGCUCAUGGUAUCGAUAAUAAUAGAUGUCCUGUUUGUUAUAAGGAUUCCAUUACAUCACACGAUCCUGAUAAUUUUCAUCCACUUGAAAGUAAUCGUGCAAUAGAAGUUGGACAUACUUUUCUUUUAGGAACGAAGUAUUCAGAUCCAUUAAAAGCUACAUUUGCACCUGAAAAUAAAGGAGAAUUGCUAUCAAUCCAAAUGGGAUGUUAUGGUAUAGGUGUUUCACGAAUGCUUGCUGCAAUUAUCGAAUCUUCUCAUGAUUCGAAAGGAAUAAUAUGGCCACAGUCAGUUGCUCCAUACCGUGUGUGUAUUAUUCCAGGUGGUGAUGAACCAGAGAUUACUGAAAAAAUUCGGUCCUUAUAUGAUUUUUUAAUUUCGGAAUGUAAUGGGUUAAAUGAUGAAGUUCUGAUUGACGAUCGCAUGAAUUUAUCAUUUGGAUAUCGAAUGAAAGAUGCUGAACUUCUUGGAUAUCCUUGGUUAAUGAUAAUAGGAAAAAAAUUCUUGGAAAGUGGAAAAAUUGAAAUACAUAAUAGACAUAAUAAUCAACGAAAAUAUUUGGAAUUCAAUGAAAUUAAAAAUCUUUUUUUUGGGUGUUAG